AUGGGCAGUCGAGCCCGCAGCCCCAGCGCCGACCCUGCACCCCGCUGCGGAGCCCAGGCAUCUGGACCCGGUCCCGCCAAGCGCCCAAGACUCCAGGAGGCCCCCCAAGUCGAGCUCCUCAAGCUGCCCAGCUUGCAAGACGUCGCUCCGCGCAUCUCAGUGAUGCUCCUGGCCGAAAACUCGGCCCUCACGGUACUCCUGGACGACACCGAGCUGGUGCUGGAACCCCAUCCCACAAGUGCCCUGCGAGUGUGUCUCCCGGGUCAGACCCUCAUCCUGGUCCCAGAGGCCCUAGUGCUCUGGGCUGAGCGCCAGGUAGGGGGUCACCAGGGCCUCCCGCCCGCAGCGCUGGAACCCUGCGCUUUCCUGAGCGCCAGUGGGGAGGUUGUGGCCAUCCAAGUGGGAGCCUUCCGAGCUGAUUUCGGGGAAGAGCCCCCCGCAGCUCCCCCAAAUCCCGCCCACCAGCAGCCCCAGGCCCUCCUGCCUGGGAUGGGGCCUGCAGCGGGCCCGGUGUUCAGGCCGCAUCCCGAGGUGCCCAGUGGGUCCAGCCCCGACCCUCCAGGCCCCACACUGCAGCCCUGGCUAUGGGCCCCCACCCCGAGCCCACCCAGAAGUUCGCAGGGCCCCUACUUCAGCCUGCGCAGCCAUCUGCUCCAGUCCUGCCUCAGCUCAGCGCUCCAGCCCCUGCCUGUUUCUCCAAGUCCAGGGGUCCGGGAGCACCCCAAGGUUUCUCGAGGUCGCCGUCGCUGCAGAGCCCGCAGGCGCCUCUUCCAGGAAUGA